AAACAAACGUCAAAAAAUCAAAACAAAAAUAAAGAUUUCCCUGUCUCCGGAGCCGGAAAAAUUUAAUUUGAAAAAUCCAUCAUCAUCCCAAAAUUGGGCAAAGGUUUUCAAAUAAAAUUACCAAAAUAAUAAAGUUCCAUCAUGACGGCACCCAAAGCCUCCGGAGAUGCGACCCGCAACCGGAAUUUAGCCUACAAAGACAAAAGUAAACCCACAGAUGUAAGGACUAGUAAUAUAAAUGCAGCAAAAGCUGUUUGCGAUGCUAUUCGUACCAGUUUGGGGCCCAGGGGAAUGGAUAAAAUGAUCCAAGCAGGAAAUGGCCAAGUGACCAUUACCAAUGACGGGGCCACAAUUUUGAAGCAAAUAAAUGUUAUUCAUCCAGCAGCAAAAAUGUUGGUAGAAUUAUCCAGAGCUCAAGACGUUGAAGCUGGAGACGGUACCACCUCAGUAGUAGUCAUUGCCGGAGCUCUCCUAGAUGCCGCUGAAAGAUUACUGAACCGUGGCAUUCAUCCCACAGCGAUUUCUGAAUCUUUCCAGCGAGCAGCCGUGCAUGCUUUGCAGAUUUUAAACAACAUUGCCACCCCAGUGGAACUAAACAACCGAGAACAACUAAUCAAAACUGCAGCAACUUCCUUAAAUUCAAAAGUAGUCUCUCAACAAUCUAGCCAGCUUGCUCCAUUAGCUGUAGAUGCUGUACUAAGAAUUGUUGAACCAGGUCGUGAAGCUGCCUGUAAUCUCAGUGACAUAAAAGUCCUCAAACAACUUGGCGGUACAGUGGAAGACACCGAACUUAUCAACGGUUUAGUGUUUCCGCAAAAGUUGGCCAACGUUUCUGGUCCAAAAAGGAUGGAAAAGGCCAAAAUUGGUCUUAUCCAAUUUUGUAUUUCACCUCCUAAAACCGAUAUGGACCAUAACAUUGUUGUUUCGGAUUAUUCCGCCAUGGAUAGAGUUCUGAAGGAGGAACGUGCUUACAUUUUGAAUAUUGUUAAGCAAAUUAAAAAGGCUGGAUGUAAUGUUUUAUUGGUCCAAAAAUCCAUCCUCAGAGAUGCAGUCUCUGACUUGGCCAUCCACUUUUUGGACAAAAUCAAGUGCAUGGUCAUCAAGGACAUUGAAAGGGAAGACAUUGAAUUCGUUUGCAAAACCUUGAGUUGCCGUCCCAUUGCUUCUCUUGAUCAUUUUGUCGCCGAAAAUUUAGUAUCCGCUGAACUCGUAGAAGAGGUUGGAUUUGGAGGAAACAGGAUGGUCAAAGUUACAGGUAUUCAAAAUCCUGGCCCUACAAUCACCCUUCUAGUACGAGGUUCCAAUAAAUUGGUCCUAGAAGAGGCAGAAAGGUCUCUUCAUGAUGCCCUAUGUGUGGUUCGUUGUCUUGUACGUAAGAAGGCAGUCAUAGCUGGAGGAGGAGCUCCAGAAAUUGAGCUGGCUUUAAGAUUGGCCGCUCUAGCUGAUAAACUGGAAGGUGUAGAUGCUAUUUGCCUUAGAGCUUAUGCUAAUGCUUUGGAGAUUAUUCCGUUUACUUUGGCUGAAAAUGCUGGAUUAAAUCCUAUUCAGACUGUUACAGAAUUGAGGAAUAGACAUGCUAAAAACGAGGUAUCUGCUGGUAUAAAUGUCCGUAAAGGGUGCAUUUCAGAUAUCCUAGAGGAAAAUGUCAUUCAGCCUCUUUUGGUAACCACUUCUGCUUUGUCUUUUGCUACAGAAACUGUGAGAUCGAUUUUGAAAAUUGACGAUAUUGUCAACACAAUGACCUAAAAAUCUCAACAGCAACAAAAUAUGCUUUUAGUAUUAUUAAUUAUUUCACUUAAUUUUCAUUAACCUGUUGUAGUUUUGUCUCACUGCUUUUUAAUAAAUUAAAUUCAUUAAUUUUAUUAUAAGUUUUUCAAUUUCAAUAUAAAAAUAAUUAUAAUCUAUACAAUACAUAAUGUGUUAUCAUUGUACACAGAUAUUUGGGCUUCUUGCAUUAUCCUGAGUCUGGGUCCUAGGGGGAUUCCCAUUUUUUGUAGCCUCUCUUCUGUUAGGUAAGGCAACUCUACCAUACCAAUUUUUUCAGUUUCGAAAACGUUGGCAUAUUUCUGAUAAUAAAAUUAUGUGUAUUUAAUAAUUAUACAGGGUGUUAUAAAUUUCAUUUACCUCAUAUCCAAGCUUCCUCAAAAACAACCUCAACAAGGGCGGUUCAUCUCCAAAAAACUUUGUCAACUUUUUAACCCUUGUAGGAUUUGCUAGACUGGGCAAUUCUACGUUGGCCGUAGGCCUAGAAGAGUGAGAUCUGAAAAUAGACGAGCAAUAUUUAUUUCCAUCUAGUUCCAACAAAUUCGUCUAAAUACCGUAUAUUCAGCAUAUUGGUUUGAGCACGUAACGCAGCAACUUCUUGUCUCACAGACUCAAUUUCCUGGACCACUAAAUGCUGAGUUCUCAUCUCGCUGGACAAAUGAGCUACGCUUCUUGCCAGAGUGACCACGUGGGCUUCCAGUCUUUGGAAACGACGGGCUGUGGUUUUGGGUUCUCGAACGUUUCUGCGUCUGUCUUCUACUGGAAUUCCUCUGAUGUAGCGCCGUUCUCUUCUUACUGAACUUACUGAGGAAGAUGGCAAUGAAGACAUACUACCAUGUCUACAAUAAUGGAUUACAGU